AUAGGCUUUCACCAGCUAAAAAACUCUGUGGUUUUGAUUGAUGUGCAGGGAUGUGAAAGAGAGGUUAAAGAGGCCACAGAUUCUGGCGCUGAGGAUCGUAAGAAAGAGUGCUUGAUGCGAUUGUCGUGGGCUCUUGUUCAUUCCCGUCAACCCGAAGAUGUGCAACGCGGAAUUGCCAUGCUUGAAGCAGCUCUGGAAGACAGUGCCUCUCCGUUACAGGAGCGAGAGAAGAUCUAUCUUCUUGCUGUUGGAUGUUACAGAAGUGGGGAUUACUCAAAGAGCAGGCGCCUUGUCGACCGCUGUAUCGAGAUGCAAGCUGAUUGGAGACAAGCUUUGGUUCUAAAGAAGGCCAUUGAAGACAAAAUCACAAAGGAAGGUGUUAUAGGGAUAGGCAUCGCAGCUACAGGCUUUGCAGCCGUAGGUAUCAUAGCUGGCGGGAUCAUAGCGGCCAUGACUCGCAAGAAAUGAACAUCACAAUCAUGACUUCUUCUCUGUGCAUACAAUGGCAGCGUACUCUCUUGCAAGUUUUUUUGUUUCCUCUUUGACAAAACUGUUAGUUUCCACUGCUUGUUGCUUCACAUUCUGAAUAACUCUUUUAGAGUUUGAUAAUAUGUAGAAGCCUGAGUUGGAUAUUUCACCUUUCCUUUGAUAGGAUAUUGCUUGGUUUUCAAAUUCCAAUUCUCAGAUUGACACGA